AUGAAAAUAGAAUUAAAAAGUGCUAAUUCUGAUUAUUCAUUAAAUUCAUCAUUGGAUUCUAUAACAAAUACAAAUAUCAGUAAAAGGCACAACAAAUUAAAUCAAGAAGUUAAAAAACAAUCUUGUUGUAGUACAUGCAAAUUAACGGCAGAAACACGUGAAAAAACAUGUUUUAUAAUUCUUCUUAACUUUCUUUACCUAGGAUUUAUUUCUGUAACAUUUCUUGGAAUAUCAUUAGUAUUUAGAAAACCAUUAUGUUACAUACUCCAUGGUCUUACUAAAUAUUAUACAGCUGAAUAA